UGUUUCUGUUUUGCAGAUCGCUCUUAUAUGAGAUUAACAGAAAAGGAAGAUGAAACAUUGCCCAUAGAUAUAGUUCUUCAGACUCUGUUAGCCUUUGCAGUUACCUGCUAUGGGAUAGUACAUAUCGCAGGAGAAUUUAAAGACAUGGAUGCCACUUCAGAACUAAAAAAUAAGACGUUUGACACAUUAAGGAACCAUCCGUCUUUUUAUGUAUUUAAUCAUCGUGGUAGAGUAUUGUUCCAGUCCCCAGACACAGUGAAUUCUUCUUCAAACCAAGAUGCUUUGUCAUCCAGCUCGUCACUGAAAUUUCGAAAACUUGAACCUCUGCGCCGCUAAGACUUUUACAGAUUAUAAUAAUAAUCCAGGACACUGAGAUGUAAUAUUCAAGUCGGGGAUGUAAACACUUUUUUAAUUUCUGGAGCAGUAUUUAUAUUGAUCUUCCAGACUUUAUAAAGUAUAUAUAUAUAUAAACUAAGGACCUUCUUUGUACACUGUUAAUGAAAAUGACUGAAUUGUGAAUUGGCAAUGCAGUGUAAAUUAUUCUACAGUUAUGCUGUGAAACACAUCUUCAAAUUUUCAUAUAUUAAAGCAAGUUGCAGCUGAGUUAACUUCAGUUAAAACAAAAAGCAAGCUAGUUUUUACUGCAGUUAAUGUUCUUUGACAAGAGGGAAUGUUCGAGUGCUAUUUAUUUUCUCAGUUUGCUUGCACUACAGUUUAUGGAACUCCUUCAGAAAUACUGUGUGCACUGCAUCACUUAACAGCAGAAAAAGGGGCAGCGUCUCCUGCUCCUAGAAUGCCUAGGAGACCUGCAUGGUGUAGGCACGGGAAGUCAAAAAGAUUGCUUUCAUUUUUAUUUUUUUACAAUGCUGAAAAAUAGUUGUGUGAAGGGUUUGGUUGGUUUUUUUUUUUCCUAGUUUUUCAUUAUCACGUUAUAUC